CGUUCAAAGAGUUUGGGUUUUUGUAGAUUCUAAUGGUUGUUUGAUCAAUGCAGUCAUGGCAGGAGUUGCACCUGAAGGUUCCCAGUAUGAUGCUCGCCAGUAUGACAGCAAAAUGAGUGAAUUGCUUUCUGAGGAAGGAAGUGAUUUCUUCACUUCAUAUGACGAGGUUUAUGAAAGCUUCGAUAAAAUGGGUUUGGCAGAGAAUCUUCUUAGAGGAAUCUAUGCUUAUGGUUUCGAGAAACCUUCUGAUAUUCAACAGAGGGGAAUAGUCCCAUUCUGCAAGGGUCUUGAUGUUAUUCAGCAAGCCCAGUCUGGUACAGGAAAAGUUUUGGAUCUGAUCACGAGAAGGACUUUGUUACAGCACUCCAAGCUGCUAUUCGAUGCAUCAAGUCCCCCCCAGGAGUACUUGGAACAUGUGGGUGCUGUAGUGGAGUCAGCAUCAGAUUAUUUUUCUAGUAGGUUGAAUAAAAAGGAGAGGAAGAGCAGAAUUGCCGAUGAGGUGCUUGCUGAUGGCUCCCCUGCUCAAUACCGUUGUUGUCUUUGA